AUGUUAACUGGGUGGGCCCAAAUUGCAGCUCAACUGCCAGGCAGAACAGACAAUGAGAUAAAAAACUUUUGGAACUCAAGCCUCAAGAAGAAACUCAUCAAACAAGGGAUUGAUCCCAACACUCACAAGCCCAUAACCGAAAUCGAGACACGAUUUCAUCAGCCUAAAGGGCUUCCGAAUUUAGCUACACCCUCGCAAGUCGAGCAGCAAAUAACUUACGACCCUCUUUACUUACCCGAAUUUCAAGCCAAUGUCGAAAACGAGCAUUAUUACCAAUCAAGGGGCGUUUUCGUCAAUAACUUGUCAAAUUUCGAUCACAACAGCAUGAUGGUGGAAUCCAGCUCGACCAGGGCCCACGUGGAUGUCAGCAACAUGGUCGAAAACGGCGGCAUUAUGUCGUGGGAAAAUAAGUUCGACCCGUUUUUUCGGUUUGAGGUUGAAGAAAAGAGGCCAAGUACAUUGUGGCAAGAAGGGACUCAAUCUCAAAGGUUUUAUGAUCAAGAGAGCUCAGGGGGUGUUUUUGGUAAUUACACAUUGGCAGCAUUUUCUCAGGGGCUGCCAGGGGUAAAUUUGGAUGUGUACAAUCCAAUAUAA